AUGUCCGACUUGGCGAUAUAUAUUGAUUUUGCCACCCGCAAGAUUGCAGCACAUCUGACUCAGACGAAGAUCAUUGAUCAAGAUGGUGAUAACUUCAAGACGCAAACCAACAGCACGUUCCGCAACUAUAACUUGGAUUUCACUGUUGGGGUGGAGUUUGACGAGCACACAAAGGGCCUAGACAACCGGCUCGUUAAGACACUGGUCAACUGGGAAGGUGAUGUCCUUGUGUGUGUGCAAAAAGGAGAAAAAGAGAACCGAGGCUGGAAGCAGUGGGUUGAGGGGGACAAGCUGUACCUGGAGCUGACCUGUGGCGACCAGGUGUGCCGUCAAGUGUUCAAAAAGAAGUGAUGGCCUCGCGGGAGGCCUGCUGGUCACGUGCUCCCCACUUCCUUCCCAGAGCGCUCCGCUGGCCUUGGGAAGCAGCUGUGGGGACCUCCCACUCCUGACAGAGCCCCAUCAAGGCAUCUGGAUGGGUUUUAAACAGAAUGGCAGUGAAGCAGUGACAGACAUGUUCUUCCUCCUUUGAAACCUAGCAUUAAAUUAAAAAACAAAAAUCACUCCUGUACUUUGAAACUUUUUA